AUGUUGGCGUCAACUGUGUCAUCGGGCAUGAACCGUCAAUCAUUGACGACCAUGUUCCAGAAGCGAUGGGCCCGACCGGUAACUACGGGUCGUCCAGAAAAACCUUUGCCAGCACUUGCGGCGCGCCCUCCGCCGCCGGCGGCGAUAGUGCCUCGCACUGCGGAUGGUCCGCGCCCACCCGGCUGGAAUGGCCAGCCACGCCGUCAUGGAUCCAGCCGCUUCAGUGUUCAACAUCACAAUCAGGAGCUGGUUAAAUUACCUCCCAUCAAAGAUGCACCGGCAGCGGAACGCGAGCAACUGUUCGUGCAAAAGUUGCGCCAGUGCUGCCUGCUGUUCGACUUCGCGGACGAGCCGCUCUCGGACCUCAAAUGGAAGGAAGUGAAGCGCGCCGCGCUGCUCGAGAUGGUCGAGUACGUCACCUCGCAGCGCGGCGUCAUCACCGAGGCCAUAUACCCGGAGGCGGUAAACAUGUUCGCGAUCAAUUUGUUCCGAACUCUGCCGCCAUCUUCGAAUCCGAACGGUGCGGAGUUCGACCCGGAGGAAGACGAGCCCACGCUAGAAGCUGCGUGGCCACACCUUCAGCUUGUAUACGAGCUGUUCCUGAGGCUGCUCGAGUCGCCAGACUUCCAGCCGAACAUCGCCAAGAAGUAUAUCGAUCAGAAGUUUGUUUUACAAUUACUAGACUUAUUUGACACAGAGGACCCGCGGGAGCGGGACUUCCUGAAGACUACACUACAUCGGAUAUACGGAAAAUUCUUAGUACUACGCGCCUAUAUAAGGAAACAAAUUAAUAAUGUAUUUUAUAGUUUUAUAUACGAGACAGAACACCAUAACGGCAUCGCAGAGCUGCUGGAGAUCCUCGGUUCAAUCAUCAACGGCUUCGCGUUACCGCUCAAAGAGGAACACAAAUUGUUCCUAUUAAGGGUACUGCUGCCCCUGCACAAAGUGAAAUCACUGUCGGUGUAUCACCCUCAACUCGCGUACUGCGUGGUCCAGUUCCUCGAAAAGGAUCCGUCGCUGACGCAACCUGUCGUCAGGGCAUUAUUAAAAUAUUGGCCGAAAACCCACUCACCCAAAGAGGUGAUGUUUCUGAACGAGAUGGAAGAGAUUCUCGAUGUCAUCGAGCCAGCCGAGUUCCAGAAAAUCAUGGACCCACUGUUCCGACAGCUGGCAAAAUGCGUGUCCAGUCCACACUUUCAGGUAGCGGAACGCGCACUCUACUAUUGGAACAACGAAUACAUAAUGUCGCUCAUAUCGGACAACGCGACACACAUACUACCGAUAAUGUUCCCCUCGCUGUACCGGAACACGAAGAGCCACUGGAACAAGACGAUCCACGGUCUCGUCUACAACGCCCUCAAGCUAUUUAUGGAGAUGAAUCAGAAACUUUUCGACGAGUGCACGCAACAGUACAAACAGGAGAAGCAGAAAGAGCGCGAGCGGUUACUCCAGCGCGAGGAGAUUUGGCAGCGGUUGGAAGAGCGUGCGGCCGCGAACCCGGCGAUCGCUAAGCUGUCGCUGCCCGCUUCCGCUUCCGCCUCCGCCUGCGCCACGUCGCCCGCGGCCGCGCCCCCCCCGGCCGAGCCCGCGCCGCACCCCGCGUCCCACCCCGCACACGUCGCGGCCUCGGAGCCCGCGCGCCGAUCCGACCGGGAACAGAACGACACAAGAAAACAAGGCUACAACAACGCAAGUAAACCUUUACUGCGCAAGAAAUCCGACUUGCCAGCGGACUCGUCAACGGUGAAAGCGCUCAUCGACCACAAACGCGCGGACCCGUACCUGACCUCGCCGCCAGAUGCGGAUCGCUGCUAG